AUGAGUUCAAACCUCUGGGGACAAGAAAAAAGCAGCUCCACCUACUGGGAAGAGCGCAUCUUUUAUUUGUUUGGUUCAAGAAUGCAGUUUGGUUGACAAACAGACCCAGAAGCAGAUUAAGAUCCCCAGGGGAAGCAUUGGCCAGUUUGUCCAAGAGCGUUCUGCAGUAGCACAUAGUCGGAGUAUUCCUUCCAAGAGCAAAAAAGUCCAAAUUGCACUAAAAAUCUUAGAACAACCUCAUGCCCUUCUGUUCGUGGAUGAAAAGGAUGUUAUUGAGAUCACAGAAAAGUUGGCUGAAUUGCUUUUGGCCAUUACAAACUGUGAGGAGAGAUACAGCCUGUUCAAGAAUAAAGUAAGACUAUCUAAAGCUUUACAGAUCGAGGCUGGCUCUGCUGUAAGGGUGUAUAUGAGGCCGGGAGAUGGGCACUAUCCGGGCGUUGUGCGAUAUAGGGGACCACUGUUGCCAGAAAGAACUGUCACUGGUAUAUGGUUUGGCGUAGAAUUAUUGGAAGAUGGCCGUGGUCAAGGAUUUACAGAUGGUUCUUACCAGGGAAAACCGUUAUUCCGGUGUGAUGAGGAAUGUGGAGUGUUUGUCGCUCUUGAUAAUUGGAGCUGUGUGAGGAAGAUGAUGAGGAAAUGGAAAGUGAUUACGCAUCACCAGUGGACAAUAACCAGACAGAAAUCCCUCCUUUAGAGAUUAACUCCAGGGUGUCUCUUAAAAUUGGGGAAGGAAUGGAAUUUGGGACUGUGAUUUUUUGUGAUGUCCUGCCUGGGAAAGAGAGCCUUGGAUAUUUUGUCGGAGUAGAUAUGGACAAUCCUAUAGGAAAUUGGGAUGGAAGAUAUAAUGGAAUCCAGCUGUGUAGCUUUGCUAGUGUUGAAAGCACACUUCUUCUACACAUUAAUGACAUCAUUCCAGAAUCUGUAACCCAAGAAAGGAGGCCUUUAAAACUUGCCUUUACUUCAAGAUGUGGAAGUGAAAAAAGCUUAUCCAAUCAUAGCAAACCAAAGGUUACAGGAUCUACCUCUGAAUCAGGAAGCAGGAACCGUUCAGAAUUUUUUUACACUUUAAAUGGUAGCUCGAUUGAAACUCCACAUCAACCGAAGAGCAAAUCUAAUUGGUAUAUGGAAGAAGCUCGAGAGAGAUCAUUACGAGGAGGAAGUUCUGGUAUGCAAGAAAGCAGCCGCUGUGAAGUUGUUGAAGAUUCUGCAAAAUCUCUGACAGAGACUUCCCCAUCAUCAUAUGGACAUUGUUCCCCUCCUUUGCAGCCUACAGCAAGCAGCUGUUCACCAGGAGAGAAUAGAUUCCAUUCUCUCCCCUUCAGCCUUUCCAAGAUGUCCAGUACCAAUGGCACAAUGGGACAUACCCCUCUCUCGUUGUCUGUGCAGUCAGUCAUUGGAGAGAUGAACCAUACUUCCCUGCAAGACAGCCCACCAGAACUGCCCCACAUGUCUAAUUUGCAUGGGCUUGAGGUGGGAUCACUUGCUGAGGUUAAGGAGAACCCACCUUUCUAUGGGGUGAUCCGUUGGAUUGGUCAACCUGUAGGAGUAAAUGAAAUGCUGGCAGGACUGGAGCUGGAAGACGAAUGUGCAGGAUGCACUGACGGCACUUUCAAGGGGACAAGAUAUUUUACCUGUGCCCCUAAAAAAGCACUUUUUGUGAAACUGAAGAGCUGCAGGCCAGACUCGAGGUUCGCAUCACUUCAACCGGUCUCCAAUCAGAUUGAGCGCUGUAACUCCCUAGCUUUUGGCGGCUACUUAAGUGAAGUAGUUGAAGGGAACACUCCUCCACGAACAGAAAAGGAAGGCUUAGAGGUAAUGAUUGGAAAGAAGAAAGGUAUCCAGGGCCAUUACAACUCCUGCUACCUUGACUCAACCUUGUUUUGCUUAUUUUCCUUCAGUUCUGUGCUAGACUCUGUCCUUCUGAGACCGAAAGAGAAAACUGAUGUGGAAUAUUACAGUGAAACACAAGCACUUCUUAGGACGGAGGUUGUGAAUCCUCUGAGAAUAUAUGGAUAUGUAUGUGCUACACAAAAAUAAUGAAACUGAGGAAAAUUUUGGAGAAAGUGGAAGCUGCAUCAGGAUUUACAUCAGAAGAAAAAGAUCCUGAAGAAUUUUUGAAUAUCUUGUUCCAUCAUAUAUUAAGAGUAGAUCCCCUCUUAAAAAUAAGGUCAGCAGGUCAAAAGGUACAAGAUUGCUACUUUUACCAAAUCUUCAUGGAUAAAAAAUGAGAAUGUGGGGGUUCCCACUAUACAGCAGCUACUGGAGUGGUCAUUUAUAAACAGCAAUCUGAAGUUUGCAGAGGCACCAUCAUGCCUAAUAGUUCAGAUGCCUCGAUUUGGAAAAGACUUCAAGAUGUUCAACAAAAUAUUUCCUUCCUUGGAUCUGAAUAUUACAGACUUACUGGAGGACACCCCACGGCAGUGCCGUAUCUGUGGAGGUCUUGCAAUGUAUGAGUGCAGGGAGUGCUAUGACGACAGUGACAUUUCUGCAGGAAAAAUUAAGCAGUUCUGUAAAACAUGCAACACCCAGGUUCACCUUCACCCAAAAAGACAACACACCAUAAAUUCAAUCCAGUUUCUCUUCCCAAAGAGCUCCCAGACUGGGAUUGGAGACGUGGCUGCAUACCAUACCAGAAGAUGGAUCUGUUUGCUGUGUUGUGCAUCGAGACAAGUCAUUAUGUGGCAUUUGUAAAAUAUGGCAGGGAUGACUCUGCUUGGGUGUUUUUUGACAGCAUGGCAGACCGAGAUGGUGGACAAAACGGGUUUAACAUUCCACAAGUCACCCCAUGUCCUGAGGUUGGGGAAUAUCUGAAAAUGUCCUUAGAGGAGCUUCAUGCCUUAGACUCUCGAAACAUUCAGGGCUGUGCCAGGCGGCUCCUGUGUGAUGCCUACAUGUGCAUGUACCAGAGCCCCACUAUGAGUUUGUACAAAUGA